AUGGUCCCCACAGAAGAAGCCCAGUACCCAGGGAUUGUCAAGCUGCUCCUGCACUUCGGAUGGACGUUCGUUGGUCUCAUUGCUUUUGACACCGACAACGGAGAGCGGUUCAUGAAGACCUUGACGCCUCUGCUCCUCAGGAGUGGCAUUUGUGUUGCCAUCUCAGAAAGCUUCCCACGACUAAACACAAAUGUAGUAAAGAUCAAUGAUGAUCCAUUCCAAAAAUGGGGACAAGUCCGUGUAUUUGUUUACUAUGGAGAGACUAAUAUUGUCUCACUGGGAAUAUUUAUUCUAGAAGCAAUAUUUGAGCGGAUCAUAAAAUCCACUGUAGGGAAAGUCCUGAUCAUAGCAGCUAUGUGGGACAUCUCCUUGGAUUUAGACUAUGAUGCCUUAUCUUUCCAACACAUCCAUGGCCUUUUUUCCUUCUUCAUUGAGACACACAAAGGGACAAAGUAUAAUGAUUUUAUGCCCUUCUCUGUUAUUGAGCAAUUUGGGGAGAAAGGUUUUAAUUGUUCCUAUUCAAAGCAUGCAUUGUCGGUGAAAGGCUGGACAAGAUGCAGAGAGAGAGAGAAUCUGGAGAUGUUGUCCCAAGAUGAUGUGGAAAGGAUCCUCUCUCUAGACAGCUACAGGAUUUACAGCACCGUCCAAGCAGUGGCACAUGCCUUAGAUGUCGCUUAUUCAUCUAGAUCUAAGUGGAGGGUGAGGGACAGACUGGAGGUUCAAAGGCUACAGCCAUGGGAGACCCUGCCUCCUUCCAGGUGUGUGGAAAGCUGCCAUCCCAGUUUCGUCAAGGCGGUUCAGGAAGGAAAGCCAGUGUGCUGCUAUGAUUGCAUUCCCUGCACAGAAGGGACCAUCUCCACUCAGGAAGACGCAGAGCAUUGUACUAAGUGCCCAGGAGAUCAAUAUCCAAACAAAGCCCAAGAUCAAUGUGUCCCCAAGAUUGUCACCUUCCUGGCUUAUGAAGAACCUUUGGGGAUCCUCUUCGCUUCCUUGUCCCUAUUCUUGUCUUUGAUAACUGGCUUUGUGUUCGGAAUCUUCAUUAAAUUCCUCAGAACUCCAAUAGUCAAAGCCAACAACCGGGACGUCUCCUAUAUCCUCCUUGUUUCCUUCCUGCUUUCCUUUUUGUCCUCCUUCCUAUUCAUUGGCCGGCCAAGGAAAGUGACUUGCCUUCUCCGACAAGCAGCCUUCAGUGUCAUCUUCUCAGUUGCCAUCUCUUCUGUCUUGGCAAAAACCAUCACUGUGGUGCUGGCUUUCUUGGCCACGAAGCCAGGGAACAGGGUGAGGAGAUGGCUGGGGAAGAGUCUGGCCAACUCUAUUGUCAUUUCCUGCUCCAGUGUCCAAGUUGUCAUCUGCACCAUCUGGUUGGGGAUCUCUCCCCCAUUCCCAGACUCAAACAUGUACUCCCAACCUGGAGAGAUCAUCCUUCAAUGCAACGAAGGGUCUGUAGGUAUGUUUUAUGGUGCCCUUGGCUACAUGGGCUUCCUGGCUGCUAUCUGCUUCACAGUGGCUUUCCUAGCCAGGAAGCUGCCUGGAGCCUUCAAUGAAGCCAAGCUGAUCACCUUCAGCAUGCUGGUCUUCUGCAGUGUUUGGGUCUCCUUUGUGCCCACCUACCUGAGCACAAAGGGGAAAUACAUGGUAGCCGUGCAGGUCUUCUCCAUCUUGGCCUCCAGUGCUGGCCUUCUGGGCGGCAUCUUUAUUCCCAAAUGCUACAUUAUUGUCCUGAGGCCUGAUCUGAAUACAAAGGAGUAUCUAACAACAAAAACAUAA